CCAACUGCCCCGCGGGGGUGGGGGGGGAAGGCGAAGCGCUCCCGCGCUGUGAGGUUGAGUGGGCGCGUCCGGGUGGGCGAGGCCACGCGGUGCACGCGGCGGCAUGGAGGGGCCCAUGCGGUUCCGGUGCCCUCCCGAAUUCGAAGCGGUGACCCCCUCGCCCCUCCCCGGGCUGCGGGGGGAGGCCCUGGAGGGUCCCUCCACUGAGCUCUGGCUCAUCCGCGCCCCCGCCGACUUCAGCCCCGAGAGCCUGGAGGGCUGCACAGUGCCCCUGGACAGCUGCGGGCAGCUCCAGCCCUCCAGGGAUGGGGAUGGGGGGCUCUACAGGUUAUGGGGGGUCCCGGGGGGAGCCGAAGGCACCCUCCUCCUGGCCCCCGCCUCCCCCCCCGCCGGCCCCCUGGCCUGCGCCCCCCCCCCUCCGUGGCUGCCUCACCGUCACCAAGAGCUUUGGGGUCCCCCCCGGCGUCCCAGUGACCCUCCCCGUGCCCAAGCCGGUGAAGAAGAAGAGGAAGAAGACGACGACGACGAUGAUGAAGGAGCCACCGGAGAUGCCCGAGGUGUCAACACCAGGGGGGGCAGCACCCGUCGAGGCGGGGGGAAAUGAGCUGAGCCUCCCCGCAGACAUUGGGGUGUCCCCCAAGGUGCCCAAGAGAAAGAAGAAGCACAAGCGGGAGCGGCCGGAGUGACCCCCCCCGUCCCCAUGUGUGUCCCCCCUCCCCAAAGGCUGUGUCACCGAUAAAUCAAAUUUAUUAUAAAAAUGGAGAUUU